UUCCUCAAUUUCGUAGUAGAAAAAGCUUAAUAAUAUCUUAGCAAAUAAAUGCCACGUCAUGCUUUCAGUUGAAAGUCUUGUGGUUCACAGUCUAAACCAAUGUGUUGAGUUCUUGCUAAAAUGACCUUGCAGUCACAGGGUAAGCUAAUGGUGGAACCUCUCAUCUCAUGCCUGUUGGGACAUGCUUACUUGCUUCUCCCUUAAGGCCUUGCCCCAUAUACCUGUCCAGGAACAGGGAAGCGUUGCUUAGGUGAUUUGCUUUGUACCAUAACAGAUGGGCAAGGAACCAUACUGAGCUGUGCUGCCUUCUCAGGCUUGGUGUUUUGAUUGUUUAAAUCAGCAAAGUCGUGCAUUUGUCAUAUGUGCGGUGCCCACCUGAACAGACUCCACUCUUGCCUCUACUGUGUCUUCUUUGGCUGUUUUACAAAGAAACAUAUUCACGAGCACGCAAAGACAAAGCGACACAAUUUAGCCAUAGACCUUUUGUAUGGGGGUAUAUACUGCUUUAUGUGUCAAGAUUACAUAUACGACAAAGACAUGGAACAAAUUGCCAAAGAAGAACAACGAAAAGCUUGGAAAUUACAAGCCUUCACCCCAACAGUGGUUUCUCACUACCAGUGUACAAUGACAGGCAUUGGAGAGAAGUAUUCAACAUGGGAGCCAACCAAACGAGAGUUAGAAUUGCUACGACACAACCCUAAGCGGAGAAAAAUAACCACAAACUGCACCAUAGGUCUACGAGGGCUAAUCAAUCUUGGGAACACAUGUUUUAUGAACUGUAUUGUCCAGGCACUUACCCACACUCCACUGCUGCGAGAUUUCUUCCUCUCCGACAGGCACAAAUGUGAAAUGCAAAGCCCCAGCUCAUGUCUGGUCUGUGAAAUGUCUACGCUUUUUCAGGAGUUUUACUCUGGGCACCGAUCUCCUCACAUUCCAUAUAGGUUAUUGCACCUGGUAUGGACUCAUGCACGGCAUUUAGCAGGGUACGAGCAACAAGAUGCACACGAGUUCCUCAUUGCUGCAUUAGAUGUGCUACACAGACACUGCAAAGGUGAUGAUAAUGGGAAGAAGGCCAACAACCCCAACCACUGUAACUGCAUCAUAGACCAAAUCUUCACAGGUGGACUGCAGUCUGAUGUUACCUGUCAAGUCUGCCAUGGCGUUUCCACGACGAUAGACCCAUUCUGGGACAUCAGUUUGGAUUUGCCAGGCUCCUCCACCCCGUUCUGGCCACUGAGUCCAGGGAGUGAUGGCAGUGUCGUCAAUGGGGAAAGCCAUGUGUCAGGCACCACCACUCUCACAGACUGCUUGCGAAGGUUUACAAGGCCAGAACAUCUAGGAAGCAGUGCCAAAAUCAAAUGUAGUGGUUGCCAUAGCUACCAGGAAUCUACCAAACAACUCACUAUGAAGAAGUUACCCAUUGUGGCCUGUUUUCAUCUCAAACGGUUUGAACACUCAGCCAAACUGAGGCGAAAGAUCACUACGUAUGUCUCGUUUCCACUGGAGCUGGACAUGACACCAUUCAUGGCUUCCAGUAAAGAGAGCAGAAUGAACGGGCAAUACCAGCAGCCGACGGAUAGUCUAAACAAUGAUAAUAAGUAUUCCUUGUUUGCAGUAGUUAAUCACCAGGGAACCUUGGAGAGUGGGCACUAUACCAGCUUCAUCCGGCAGCACAAGGACCAGUGGUUCAAGUGUGAUGAUGCCAUUAUCACCAAGGCUAGCAUUAAAGACGUGCUAGACAGUGAAGGAUAUUUGCUGUUCUAUCACAAACAGUUCCUGGAGUAUGAAUAGCCUUAUCCAGCAGCCUGUCUGAUAUAAACAAGGAAGAAAAUAAGCAAGCCUUCUGAAUCGACACACAAACCUACCUGAAAUGAAAAGACCCAUUAAAAACCAACUAGCACUGAGCUGUAACAGGACCUACUUGACACUGACUCAAAGCCUGGCGGAGUAAGAAACGAACAAUGUCCAACAUGUGCGUGGGCCCGCACGGCCAGGAAGGGGCAAAAAAAGAGGCUACAGUCAGUCACUUAACAGAGGAAAUCUAAAAUGAAAGGAAUGCUCUGGGUGGGGGAAAUGGGAGCAGAGGAGUCCGGGCACUGGUACAUCUCCUGUGUUCCUCCAAAAUGUGUGUGGGAAGGCAAAGGGUUAUACCCUCAUCUCCAUAAAGCAUCUUCUCCAUUUGGUGCUUCAGCUCCAACGACCAAUCAUAUAACAGUUAAAGUUAAAAAUCCAAGCCCAUUUUUUUAUGCAUAUGGGUCUGAAAGCAGUAGAGUGGAGGAGGAGGGGAUGACACAACUAAAGGACUUUGCAAGUAUCUUUUUAUUUGUGAAUUUUAGUUAUUAAAUAAAUACAGUAUGAAACUA